AUGAUGUCUUAUCUCAAGCAACCACCUUAUGCAGUCAAUGGACUGAGCCUAACCACCUCUGGGAUGGAUCUGUUACAUCCAUCCGUGGGAUAUCCUGCUACCCCCAGAAAGCAAAGGAGGGAGAGGACCACAUUCACCCGGGCACAGCUUGAUGUCCUUGAAGCACUUUUUGCCAAAACUCGUUAUCCUGACAUCUUCAUGAGAGAGGAGGUGGCUUUAAAGAUUAAUCUACCAGAGUCCCGAGUACAGGUUUGGUUCAAAAAUCGUCGUGCAAAAUGCCGUCAACAGCAGCAACAGCAGCAAAAUGGAGGUCAGAAUAAAGUCAGGCCUGCUAAGAAGAAGACCUCUCCAUCCAGGGAGGUGAGCUCAGAGAGUGGUACCAGUGGUCAGUUCACCCCUCCAUGCAGUACCUCCGUGCCAGUGAUCUCCAGCAGUACAGCUCCCGUGUCUAUCUGGAGCCCUGCCUCCAUCUCUCCCCUUUCUGAUCCCCUUUCAACAUCCUCCUCUUGUAUGCAGAGAUCCUAUCCCAUGACAUACACCCAGGCUUCAGGCUACAGCCAAGGAUAUGCAGGAUCAACAUCUUACUUUGGUGGUAUGGACUGUGGAUCUUAUUUGACCCCUAUGCAUCAUCAGCUCCCUGCACCUGGUGCUACACUAAGCCCAAUGGGCACCAAUGCAGUGACCAGCCACCUAAACCAGUCUCCAGCCUCAUUGUCCACUCAAGCCUAUGGAGCCUCAAGCUUGGGCUUCAACUCCACUGCUGAUUGCUUGGAUUACAAAGACCAAACAGCCUCUUGGAAGCUAAACUUCAAUGCUGACUGCUUGGAUUAUAAGGACCAGACCUCAUCUUGGAAGUUCCAGGUUUUGUGA